CAUUACUCACUCCUCAGGCUCGAAAACAUCACCCCAAAGAUAUGCUUCGUCUAAAUUACACGACAGUUAAAUGCCCUAAGCGCAUCUUUCGCUCCCAUCAUCAAGACGACAACGAUUCGAAUUCUAGCGCAGCGAUCCCGCUAGCUAGCUCAGGACAAGGUUCCGUCCGAUGCGGCCCUAUCGUCACCAAACUCCCGUAUUGCCGUGAACCAUGCCAGUUUUUGAUCGUCAUCGUGUUUUCCGUAAUCGAUCGCUCACCUUGGGUGUUUCUAUUAUGGAUAGUCAUAGUAGCGUACCUUACGACGCAAAGAAUAAACACAACGCUAUCUAGAUUUAUCUCAACCCACGUGAAUUAAGAACCCUCGAGGGGUCUAACCAGCUAGCACUGCCAGAAAUAGAGUUCGACAAUUACA